GUAAUGCUUUGCCACAAGACAUAACAUGUUUGGCAGCAGACCGCAUGUUGAUAUUUGCUUCAUAUGACAAUAUUCUCCAUGCCUUUGCCAGGAACAAAGAGGUAGUUCAUACCUACAAAGGCCACAAGGCAAGGAUACACCUUCUGCAGCCUUUUGGUGAUCAUGUCAUCUCUGUGGAUAUUGAUAAUGUUCUUAUUGUUUGGAACAUACAGUCAGAAGAGGAGUAUCUUCAAGUGGAUUUUGAUAAGGCAACUUUUGCAGUUUCUGCAAUUCUGCAUCCCAGUACCUAUUUGAAUAAAAUUCUCCUUGGGAGUGAGCAAGGGAGCUUGCAGCUAUGGAAUAUAAGAUCCAACAAACUCUUAUACUCAUUUCCAGGAUGGCACUUAGCGGUCACAACUCUUGAACAAGCUCCGGCAGUAGAUGUUGUUGCAGUUGGUCUUGUAUCUGGUCAUAUCAUUGUACAUAAUAUUAAAUUUGACGAAACUCUGAUGAAGUUUCAGCAAGACUGGGGUCCCAUCACAGCAAUAUCUUUUCGUACAG